GCUGGGUGCAAUCUCUCAGCCUGCCUUCAACACCUUUGAGUUGAAGUGUGCGUGUGAGAGAGAGAGAAAGGAGGAAGGGACGGCGGGGCGGAACGGAGCUCGGUUCAUCUCAGUCGCUGCAAUAUUGACUUAUAGAGAAACGAUGAACGAGUGGAGGAUGGAGCUACAAGCGGCAGGUUUAGAACACCUGGAGAUCUUCUGCUUGGGACUAUUGCAAUUGUUUUAAAACAAGGCUAGUGUAAAUAGGAGUCAGGCAAUUGUCGGAUUCGGGAGAGGUUGAGUCUGGGCGUGCGAAUUUUGCUUUAAUCCGGUGUCACUUGGUUGGAGCGGAGGCUCGGACGCCGGCUGCUGUCUGCGCUCGCUGCUCGGGACCCGGUGCCGCGGUCCGGCCAUGGAGACGGUGCGGGGCUCGAACCCCGGUGCCCGCAGCCGCUGAUCCUCACACGAUGGAUACUGGUGCCACCUCCUCGCUGUUCACGAACCUGUCCGCCGGCGGGACAGGGCACACCGUGGGCAUCCGCUCUGCCUCCGUCCCGGUCAACAUACUGCUGGAAACCAUCAUGGUCCUGAUGUGUGUGGCUGCUAUCACAGGUAACGUUCUGGUGAUUGCCAUUAUCGCUGUGACCAAACACUUCCACUCGGUGACCUCAGUGUUUCUGGUCAAUCUGGCUGUCAGUGACUGUUUGGUGGGGCUUGGAGUCAUGCCAUUUGUUGCCAUGUCCGUGUUUUACCAGGAUUGGAACAGAUACAACGACCUGUGUCUCUACGUGGGCUACACCUCGUCGGUCUACUGCACGGCCUCAGUGCUGACGCUGGCUGCCAUCGCCCUGGACCGCUACCACGCCAUCAUUGACUGCCUGCAGUACAACUCGCAGAGCACCGUGCGUCGCACGGCCGCCACUGUGGUCUGGAUCUGGCUGCAGUCGGCCCUCAGCAGCUGCCCUCCGCUGCUGGGCUGGGGGCGCUUCGGCUACUCACCGGCCAUCCGCAGCUGCUCGGUGGCCUGGGCCGACAGCCUGAGCUACACGGGCUUCGUGGCCGUCGUGUCCUUCCUGCUGCCCGCCUCUGUCAUGAUCUUCUGCUAUGUGCGCAUCGUCAAGGUAGCACGGGGCCAUGCCAAGCGGAUCCACGAUAUCGAGAACCAGCUGCAGCGCCGCCCGCCCGGUCGCGCCGCAGCCCCCGACCGCCCCACAUUCUCACAGCUCAUCUCCAGCGUCAACUUGCCCAUCAUCGCCGAUCACCGGUGCGAGGAGGCCCAGGGCCGCUGCCGCAGGCUGCAGGCCAAGGGGCCGGACAUCUUCUGCAAGUACGGCAGCCCAGGCCGCGAACACCACGGCGCCUUCCGACUCUUCCUGGUCAUCUUCGCCUUCUUCUGCUGCUGGGUGCCAUACGAGGUGGUGGGGCUGGUGCAGGCCAUCGAGAUGGCGGUGGUGGGUGGCCAGCAGGCCUCAAGUGUGCCGCCCGGCCUGGUGACAGCGGCCCACUGGCUGGCCCUGCUCAACUCGGACAUCAACCCGUUGCUGUACGCGCUGCUCAGCAAGAGGUUCCGCAAGGCCCUGCGCCAUUGGCAGCGCCGGCUGGAAGCCAAGGUGGGUCUCGGGCGGGCCCGGCGGGAGGAAGCGGCCGCUGCCGCUGGGCUCUCCGCCCUCCUGCACGCCAAGCCGCCGGCCAGCCAGAGGAGGACCAGCUCCAACGUGACGGCCAUCAGCCAGCUCAGCCCCCGCCAGCCAGGGCUCCAGGCCCGCUCCUGCUCCGUCUUCUCCAUCAGCUCCCUGCCCCGCAGCGGGCAAGAUGAGCCCUUGGACGACCUGCUGUCCUGCCCGGCCUCCGCCAGCUCCCUGGUCUUCGUGCCGUGCGGCAAGAUGUCGGAGCGCCACAGGGACCCGCAGAACGAUCCCUGUCCCAAACAAUACUUGAAAGUCCCGCAGCUUUCCCAGGAGGCUGACACCAUGCUGUUGCCGUCACAGACUUUCAGUGAGAAGCAAUCGUCCACUUAUGUAUUUGGAAAUAUCAUCGUUAAGGUUGAAAACGAUGCACUUGACCUGUAGAUGCUUCGAACGUUGCUGCGCCAGUUGUAAACUGUAAACAAUGGGGUACUGUGGGUUGCAUUAGUCCAUGCAAGUGCCAAAACAGUGAGUCCUAGUUGACUCAACUGCAGGUUAAACACAAGCAUGGGUAUUGUGCACACAUAGCCCAGACUCAUUUCAGGUAGGGGAGACAUUAAAGAAGCCUUGGAAGAAAUAAAACAGUGUAUAGGGUUGAAUGGCAGGGAAAAGCCCAGUUGAUCUUACAUGCUGUCUCACACUCUUGAUGGCUUGAGCACAAUCGUUUAAUGCUAGAGCGAGCCAUUUGUCAGUUUACAUCAUGUUGACACCUACAAGCAGUCCAGUCAGUGCUGUUCCUCCAUUCCUAUCCUGUAGUCCAGCAAAUUACACUCUCUGAAGUGUCUAACAAAUACGAAUGCCCCGUUGAAGGCUCAGAUUGCUUUUACCAGCCUUGCUAGUAGAGCACCACAUCACAACAACCCUCUACACAAAGUUUUCCUCAUAUCCCCUUUGUACCUUUUGUCCAAAUCUAUGCCCCUCUCCUUGGGCCUUCAACCAGCUGCUAAUGGGAUAAGGCACCUCUCUAUUUGGAAAAACUCAGCAUAACAGUAAUUUGACUCGAUGCUUCUCUGAGCACCCCCCACCCACCCCAAAAUAUACACAAACAGAUACUACAUAACUCCCAAUGACAGGCAAAAAGUGAAAAGGAAAAACAUGAACCAAUACGGGAGAAUUAUAUCUGUGCUGUCCCAAUCUGUAUUGAAGUAAGAAAUCAAAGACAAAUGGUGUGAAUCAUCUAUGCACCUUAACACUGUUCAUUGCGCAUCCCAUGGAUGAUGUGACUACAGCCUUUUAAAUGGCUUUAAAGAGAAUCAGAUCUAUUCAUUUUGUGUUUCAUUUAACACGUUUGACACGAUCAUCCAAUGUCAGCUCUGUUUCACUGACCACAAAUGUUGCCUGACUCAUAGAACAUAGAACAACACAGCACAAUUACAGGCCUUUUGGCCCAACAUUUCUGUACCAAGCAAGAUGUCAAGAAACUAAUCACCUCUGCUUCUCUGCCAGCAUGUCCUUCAUAUCCCUUCAUCCCUGCAUAUCUGAUGUGUGCCUAUCUAAAAGCCUUUUAAAUACCACUACU